CUCCAGAGCAGCCCACAGUGCUGCGCUGUCAACGUGCUCGGAGUCGCUUCCCUCCCCUGCACCGCACCCACUGUCGACCUGUACAGCCGCGAGGACUUCGCUCGCCACUGCGGACAGUCUGGUGCCACCGCUCAGUGCUGUGUCUUGCCUGCUGUAAGUUGA